ACUCAAUCCCUUGAUGAUGUCGGUUACAUCUUUCGGUUUUGUGGAGAGAGGAUACAAAGUGGGUGAUCAACGCUUGGACUUGGACUAAAACUGUGUUGCUUUUGUUGUUCAUGGGUUGGUUCGGACAUCGUGAUCGGAGUUUAUUGUUGGGAUGUUUGCAGCCUCGGUAAAUACCGGGGAAGAUGGGAAAGAAUCACCGCCCAAAGUCACAUCGUCGAAGCAUGUUGAGGAGCUUGUUGGAGGCGGCUCUGACAAUAAGAACUGGCGAGGGAUCAUUAUCUCACUACUCGUCAUUAUGCUCAUCGUUUCAUUAAUUGCCAUCGCUGCUUUCAUUGUAAUGCCAGAUGAAGAUGAUUAUCUGCCCAAGGAAUUUCUGUUUGAUGACAUUUUCAAUGAAACAUUCAAGCCGAGUUAUCAUGAAAUGCAGUGGAUCUCCGGGAGUAAAUAUGUCUUCAAAGAUCAAUUCAAGAACAUCUUAUGGAGGGAUCUGGAGACGGAAGAGUCUGAUAUCCUCAUCACAAACAGAACACUGGAUGAUGAACAAGCUUCUAACUUCUGGGUCAAUGCUGACAUGACGCACGUCCUAUUGGCUUGUUAUGUUAGGAGUCUGUAUCGUUAUAGCUUCUAUGCUAAGUACAAGAUAUAUGACAUUGAAACAGAAUUGUUGGUUGAUCUGACUGCUCCAGGGUUAAAGGAGGUCGUUGACUUACGGUACGCUGGCUGGGCACAAACAGGGUCAGCUUUGGUGUUUGUGUAUAAGAACAACGUGUACUACAUGGACUCUGUCCCCCAGGAGUACAAAGUACCUGCUGGGAACACAGCUCAGCAGGUGACUACUACAGGUCAAGAGGGUGUUAUCUUUCAUGGUGUUCCUGACUGGGUGUAUGAGGAGGAAGUUCUUGCUAAGGACAACGCCCUCUAUUGGUCACAAGACGGCGCCAGUCUCGUCUAUGCUACCUUCAAUGACAGCGGUAUUGAGAAAUCAUGGUAUCCCAAGUAUGAUAAUUUACUGUAUAGCAGAGUUGAAGAAUUGGCCUAUCCCAAGGCAGGGUUUGCCAAUCCAACCAUCUCUCUUCAGGUAGUCAACGUGUCUGAUCUUGGGAAUCCUAUCACACUGGUACCACCAGAGAUUAUCAGCAAAAAGUGA